AGGUGGGGUUUUUACUAUAAUUGGGCACGUUUACUCUAUAAAGUUGUGCAGUAAUACAGUGACUAAGUUGACUCGAGUGGGACUUUGUGUGAUCUUGAGGUACCUAAGCGCCUAAGGUUCCAUCAUGUGGAGAUCUCAACUAGGAUCAAAAGAAGUGAAGACAAUCACUCAAGCUGAUGAUGAUGACUGGGAGACAGACCCGGACUUUGUAAAUGAUGUUUCUGAGCAAGAACAAAGAUGGGGCUCAAAAACUAUUGAAGGAUCAGAUGAAAGAACUGGUGCUGUCAGUAUGUCUCAGAUCAGGGAGCGGGUAAAAAAAGAAGAUACCCAAUUAAAGUCUAAAAGUGCUCAUCACUCUCAAAGUGACUCUGCGAAAGGAUAUGGUGGUACCUAUGGUGUGCAGAAUGAUAGACAGGACAAGUCGGCAAUGGGAUGGGAGUACCAGGCCAAUCUUACCAAGCACCAGUCACAGACAGAUGCUGCUAAAGGCUUUGGUGGCAAAUACGGAGUUCAGCAGACUAAAGAUAAGUCUGCCGUUGGUUGGGACUAUCAAGCCAACCUGGCCAAGCAUGCUUCACAAACUGAUGGUGCAAAAGGGUUUGGUGGAAAGUUUGGAGUUCAGCAAACCAAGGAUCAGAGUGCUGAAGGAUGGGAUUAUCAGGCUGGUUUGUCAAAGCAUGAGUCGCAGACUGAUGCUUCUAAAGGCUUUGGUGGAAAGUAUGGUGUUCAAAAAGACAGAGUAGACAAGAAUGCGGUUGGCUGGGAUCACCAGGAGAAGCUGGCCCAUCAUACCUCACAGAGUGAUGCCUCCAAAGGGUUUGGAGGGAAGUACGGUGUACAGAAAGAACACCAAGAUCAGUCAGCAGUGGGUUUUGAGUACCAGGCUGGUUUGUCAAAACAUCAGUCCCAAAGUGAUGGGUCCAAGGGAUUCGGAGGAAAGUAUGGUGUGGAAACAGGAAACCAAGAUGCUUCUGCUGGAGGUUACGAUGAUAUGCAAGAUGUUAAAAGCGAUCUAAGAACGGAUAGAGGAGUUUCAAAAGGUCAAGCUGGAAACAUUCGUGCCAGGUUUGAGAACAUGGCAGCAUCUAACCCUGAGCCUCCCCCACCUCGUAAGCCUGUAAACAUUCCACGAGAACCAGUAGCUGUAGUAAGUGAGCCCCCUCGUGAAGAACCCAAAUAUGAAGAAGAACAAGAAUUUAGCGCUGACCAAGGGUAUGAGGAGCAACCCAAAGAAGUUUAUGAUGACCAACCACAAGAAGACGAUGGUGACCAACCGCUAGAAGACGAUGGCUAUGAUCAGCAGCCCCAAGAGAGUUAUGAUGAUCAGACAGCAGCCUAUGAUGAGCAACCAGAAGACGUUUAUGAUGAGCAACCACCGGAGGAUGCUUACAAUGAGCAGCCUCAAGAGGGCUAUGAAGAACAGCCAGAAGAUGGUAGUGGGAAAUCUGCUAAAGCUGUGUAUGACUAUGAAGCAGCUGGUGAUGAUGAGAUCAGUUUUGACCCAGGAGACAUAAUUAUGAAUAUCGAAGAGGUGGAUGAAGGCUGGUGGAUUGGUGAGAUCAAUGGCAAUAGAGGACUUUUUCCUGCGAACUAUGUUGAAAUAAUCUAGCUAGCUACCGUUUCAGUGGAGCUGUUUUAUUUUACACCAGAUUGUAGAAAUUGUGUGUGUAGUAUACAUUCUAGUGAAUUAGUGGUGCAGUUUCCAGCACAUUUUUUUGUACAGUGUAGAAAAAUAACACUAAUUACCACAGUACAUUGGUAUAAUAAUUAUUUAACACAAUAAUAAAAUUUAUAUUUUAA